GCCACGAGCAGCGUCUCCUCGCCUGCCAAGCCUGGCACCUGUGCGCCGAGCCACUGCACGCAGGAGGACCCCCACUCCGGGCGAACCCCGGGCUUGAAGCCACCGACACCCAGUCUCUGGGAAGCGGGUUCUCGCCGAAGGUACCUGCAGCCACCUACAAAGACCGCCGCCGUCGCCUGCAGACCCGGGAGCGCUUGGCUCCUCAGAGCCGCGGCUGCGCCGGGUCCCCGGGGAUUCUCGCCCAGCAGCAGGCAGGGUGUGUUAGAGUUGGGUGCAAGAUUCGCCUUUUCUGCUCGUCUUUUCUCCGCCUGGAAUUUAUUGUCUGUGGAGCCUUCUGGGGGUGGGGAGGGAGCUUCGCCUCCGCCACCGCCGCGGCCGCCGCCGCUGCGGUCGCUAGCGCGGCGCGCAGGGCAGGCGGAGGCAAGGGAGUGAAUGCGCUCCUGCCUUCCCGGGCAGCGCUUUGGGCUUCCCCUCGGCCGCUUCCCGCCGGAACCUCUCCAGCGGUCCACCUGAAGGGCACCAGCAUCAUGGUCUAACGCGGCACCUGCCUGGAAUCCCCUUUCUCCUGGUCUUCUUCCACCUACUCCACCCCUCCUCUCUUCCUGCGAGGACCCUCGUGCCCACUCCACUGCGGACCCCCAAACACUUUAAGGAAUAAGCGUUGGCAGCUGCACGAUUCACUCUCUCCGAAACCUCAUGGGCAGUUUCUCCCGGCGAUGAUGGAGAACCUAAUAAGGGGAAGGAAUCCCCCACAAUAUCAGAGAAGUCCUUGUAAAGAAGUUCGUGCAGCACUUCGGAAGAGACCUGAAGAAGAGUUGCAGUGCCUGGAGAUGACCACCAAACGGAAAAUCAUCGGCCGACUGGUGCCGUGCCGAUGUUUCCGAGGUGAAGAAGAAAUCAUCUCAGUUUUAGACUACUCCCACUGCAGUCUUCAGCAGGUGCCAAAGGAGGUCUUUAACUUUGAGCGGACAUUAGAGGAGCUUUAUCUAGAUGCCAAUCAAAUUGAAGAGCUACCCAAGCAAUUGUUCAACUGUCAAGCUCUAAGAAAACUAAGUAUUCCUGAUAAUGAUCUUUCAAAUCUGCCAACCACUAUUGCUAGUUUAGUUAAUCUUAAAGAACUCGACAUCAGUAAAAAUGGUGUACAAGAAUUUCCAGAAAACAUUAAGUGUUGUAAGUGUUUAACAAUUAUUGAAGCCAGUGUCAAUCCCAUUUCUAAACUCCCCGAUGGCUUCACGCAGCUUCUAAAUCUGACCCAGCUCUACCUGAAUGACGCCUUUCUUGAAUUUCUUCCAGCUAAUUUUGGAAGACUUGUCAAAUUGCGCAUCUUGGAGUUAAGAGAAAAUCAUUUGAAAACUCUACCAAAGUCAAUGCACAAACUGGCCCAGUUGGAAAGACUUGACCUAGGCAAUAAUGAAUUCAGUGAGCUGCCUGAAGUUCUGGAUCAAAUACAAAAUUUAAGAGAGUUGUGGAUGGAUAAUAAUGCAUUACAAGUGCUACCUGGGUCUAUAGGGAAGUUAAAGAUGUUGGUAUACCUGGAUAUGUCAAAAAACAGAAUAGAAACGGUUGACAUGGACAUUUCUGGAUGUGAAGCCCUUGAGGACCUUUUACUGUCAUCCAAUAUGUUGCAACAAUUGCCUGACUCUAUAGGACUGUUGAAAAAAUUAACAACUCUAAAAGUAGAUGACAAUCAACUUACGAUACUACCCAACACAAUCGGAAAUUUAUCUUUGUUGGAAGAAUUUGACUGUAGCUGUAAUGAACUGGAGUCUUUACCUUCUACUAUUGGCUACCUUCAUAGUCUUCGAACGUUAGCAGUCGAUGAGAAUUUCCUUCCAGAAUUACCCCGAGAAAUUGGAAGCUGUAAGAAUGUAACAGUUAUGUCUCUACGUUCCAAUAAACUGGAAUUUCUUCCUGAAGAGAUUGGACAGAUGCAGAAGCUAAGAGUCUUAAAUUUGAGUGACAACAGAUUAAAGAAUUUACCAUUCUCAUUUACCAAACUGAAAGAGCUUGCAGCUUUGUGGCUUUCUGACAAUCAGUCCAAAGCCCUUAUCCCUUUACAAACUGAAGCCCAUCCAGAAACAAAGCAAAGAGUAUUGACUAACUACAUGUUUCCCCAGCAACCUCGUGGUGAUGAAGAUUUCCAGUCAGACAGUGACAGCUUUAACCCUACACUGUGGGAAGAGCAGAGACAACAACGCAUGACUGUUGCCUUUGAAUUUGAAGAAAAAAAGGAAGAUGACGAAAAUGCUGGGAAAGUUAAGGAUCACCCCUGCCAAGCCCCCUGGGAAAGGGGCCAGCGUGGGAUUACUCUCCAACCUGCCAGACUGUCUGGCGAUUGCUGCACACCAUGGGCCAGGUGUGAUCAGCAGAUCCAAGAUAUGCCCGUCCCCCAGAAUGACCCACAGCUGGCAUGGGGUUGUAUAAGUGGCCUCCAGCAGGAAAGGAGCAUGUGUACUCCAUUGCCAGUUGCAGCACAAUCCACCACUCUUCCCUCUCUAAGUGGCAGACAGGUUGAAAUAAACCUAAAACGAUAUCCAACUCCUUACCCAGAGGAUUUAAAGAAUAUGGUAAAAUCUGUACAAAAUCUGGUGGGUAAGCCAAGCCAUGGAGUGCGUGUUGAGAAUUCAAAUCCAACUGCUAACACGGAGCAAACUGUGAAAGAAAAAUAUGAACACAAGUGGCCUGUAGCCCCAAAGGAGAUAACAGUGGAGGAUUCUUUUGUUCAUCCAGCUAAUGAAAUGAGGAUUGGGGAACUUCACCCUUCAUUAGCUGAGACCCCUCUGUACCCACCCAAACUUGUUCUGCUAGGGAAGGACAAAAAAGAAUCAACUGAUGAGUCUGAAGUUGACAAAACUCACUGUCUGAAUAACAGUGUUUCCUCAGGCACUUACUCAGACUACUCGCCUUCCCAGGCUUCCUCAGGAUCCUCUAACACGCGGGUUAAAGUGGGGUCCUUGCAGACAACAGCUAAAGAUGCAGUACAUAAUUCUUUAUGGGGUAACAGGAUUGCACAAUCUUUCCCACAGCCUCUUGAUUCAAAGCCAUUGCUCACCCAGCGGGAGGCUGUUCCCCCAGGGAAUCUACCACAGCGUCCUGACCGGCUGCCAAUGGGCGACGCCUUCACUGACAACUGGACUGACAGUUCACAUUAUGAUAACACAGGGUUUGUUGCAGAGGAGACCACAGGCGAGAAUGCCAACAACAAUCCUCUCUUAAGUUCGAAAUCUAGAAGCACAUCUUCUCACGGACGCAGGCCUUUGAUUAGGCAGGAUAGGAUUGUUGGUGUUCCCCUGGAACUUGAGCAGUCUACACACAGACACACGCCAGAUACAGAAGUGCCUCCUUCCAAUCCUUGGCAGAAUUGGACCAGAACCCCUAGUCCUUUUGAAGACAGGACCGCUUUCCCUUCCAAAUUAGAGACAACCCCCACCACCAGCCCAUUGCCUGAAAGGAAAGAGCAUAUAAAAGAAUCUACUGAAAUACCUAGUCCUUUUUCUCCAGGAGUACCAUGGGAGUAUCACGAUUCCAAUCCCAACAGGAGUCUUAGCAAUGUCUUUUCUCAGAUCCACUGCCGCCCAGAAUCAUCUAAAGGUGUUAUUUCCAUUAGUAAAAGCACAGAGAGGCUUUCCCCACUCAUGAAAGAUAUCAAGUCCAAUAAGUUCAAAAAGUCACAGAGUAUCGAUGAGAUUGACAUUGGUACAUACAAGGUGUAUAAUAUACCAUUAGAAAACUAUGCUACUGGGAGUGAUCACUUAGGAAGUCAUGAACGGCCAGAUAAAAUGUUGGGACCGGAGCAUGGUAUGUCCAGUAUGUCUCGAAGCCAGUCAGUGCCGAUGCUGGAUGACGAGAUGCUCACUUAUGGAAGUAGUAAAGGGCCACAGCAACAAAAAGCUUCCAUGACCAAAAAAGUCUAUCAGUUUGACCAAAGCUUCAAUCCCCAAGGAGCAGUGGAAGUUAAAGCCGAGAAGAGGAUACCGCCCCCCUUUCAACACAAUUCCGAGUACGUGCAACAGCCUGGCAAAAACAUCGCCAAGGAUUUGGUUAGUCCUAGAGCUUACAGAGGAUACCCACCCAUGGAGCAAAUGUUUUCAUUUUCUCAGCCAUCUGUGAAUGAGGAUGCUGUGGUGAAUGCCCAGUUUGCAAGCCAAGGUGCCAGGGCAGGCUUCCUGAGAAGAGCCGACUCCCUGGCGAGCGCCACAGAAAUGGCCAUGUUUAGAAGGGUCAGUGAACCUCAUGAGCUGCCUCCGAGCGAUAGGUACGGCAGACCUCCAUAUAGGGGCGGUCUGGAUCGCCAAAGCAGCGUUUCAGUGACUGAGUCCCAGUUCCUGAAAAGGAAUGGCAGGUAUGAAGAUGAACACCCUUCAUAUCAAGAAGUGAAAGCUCAGGCGGGAAGUUUUCCAGUUAAAAACCUUACCCAGAGGAGGCCAUUGUCUGCAAGAAGCUACAGUACAGAGAGUUACGGUGCCUCCCAAACCAGGCCAGUUUCAGCUAGGCCUACUAUGGCAGCUCUUUUGGAAAAAAUACCAUCUGACUAUAACUUGGGUAACUAUGGUGACAAGCCAUCAGAUAACAGUGAUAUAAAGACGAGGCCCACUCCUGUGAAGGGAGAGGAGAGCUGUGGUAAAAUGCCUGCAGACUGGAGACAACAGCUGCUUAGACAUAUAGAAGCUAGAAGGUUAGACAGGAAUGCUGCUUACAAACACAACACAGUUAACCUUGGCAUGCUGCCCUAUGGAGGUAUUUCAGCAAUGCAUGCAGGCAGAAGCAUGACUUUAAACUUGCAGACUAAGUCUAAAUUUGAUCUACAAGAACUACCUCUUCAGAAAACCCCGUCCCAGCAAAGCAACAUUUUAGACAAUGGACAAGAAGAUGUAUCUCCUAGUGGCCAAUGGAAUCCUUAUCCUCUUGGGAGGCGGGAUGUACCUCCAGACACCAUUACUAAAAAGGCAGGCAGCCACAUCCAGACUUUGAUGGGGUCCCAAAGCCUUCAGCACCGUAGCCGGGAGCAGCAGCCAUAUGAAGGAAAUAUAAACAAAGUGACCAUCCAGCAAUUUCAGUCACCAUUGCCUAUUCAGAUCCCCUCUUCACAGGCCACCCGGGGACCUCAGCCUGGACGGUGCUUAAUUCAAACUAAAGGGCAAAGGAGUAUGGAUGGCUAUCCAGAGCAGUUUUGUGUGAGAAUAGAAAAAAAUCCUGGCCUUGGAUUUAGUAUCAGUGGUGGAAUUAGUGGACAAGGAAAUCCAUUUAAACCUUCUGACAAGGGUAUCUUUGUUACUAGGGUUCAGCCUGAUGGACCAGCAUCCAACCUGCUGCAGCCUGGCGAUAAGAUCCUUCAGGCAAAUGGACAUAGUUUUGUACAUAUGGAACAUGAAAAAGCUGUAUUACUACUGAAGAGUUUCCAGAACACAGUAGACCUAGUUAUUCAACGUGAGCUUACUGUCUAAAUAUUUUUUAUAAAUAGUGAAGAUACGUCUAGCCAGACCUAAUGUUCAAAAAUAAAUUUAUACAUAGAAACAAAUUUUGCCAUUUGCUGGACCAAUGGCAAACAUUAGUGCCAAAUGUAUAAUAAUAUAUGUUAGCACUGAUCAUCCUUAAAAUUGUUAACUAUAUAAAUAUGAUGUUCAUGUGGUUAUGUAUUAGUUUUACUUGUCAGCCUUUGGCUGUGCAUUGGUGCAGUUUUGUUUUUGUUUUGUUUUU